AUGACGCGACAGAGAGCAUUAUCUGUGAGUUCAGAGGCCAGCUUGGACUCGAAGAUCGAAGUCACCACGUACAAAGAAAAGCAUGCGUUCGCUGAUCCUGGAAAUCAUAGUAGGGACCACUUCAAGCGCAGAAUGUCGCCUGUACGCUUUGCAAUGCGCGACUGGUUGCUCCAGUUUACGAAACAUCAGUCAGAAGGGCUGUACAAGCUACAGUGCAAAUUCCGCUGCCCGGCGCUGGAUAAAUAUUUUGCAUACACGUCCCUUAUGGGAUCCCAUAUGUUCUACGUUAUCAUGGUACCCAUGCCACGUUGGCUUGGUUUUAGCGUAAUGUGCAGGGACCUUGUUUAUAUACUUGGGUACUCCAUUUACCUAAGCGGAUUCCUCAAGGACUACUGGUGCUUGCCACGGCCUAAGUCGCCUCCCCUGACAAGAGUCGCGCUGAGUCCAUAUACAACGAAGGAGUAUGGCGCGCCUAGCUCACACACAGCGAAUGCUACUGGGGUAACGCUGUUGCUAUUGUGGUACGUUUACCGCCUUGAAAACGCAUCGAUUUCGUGGAAGCUAGCCGCAAUUGCAGGCGCCUUGUUUUAUUACUUUACUCUCACGCUGGGAAGGAUAUACUGCGGGAUGCAUGGCUUGUUAGACAUUGUUUCAGGAGCUUUAAUAGGCGCCUUGUGCUUUUUUGUGAGAUGGGCGGCCGUAACGUACACCCAUAUUGAUACUGCCAAUAUACAGGAGUGGGGCUGGUGGUUUCCGGUAGCUUCUGUAAGCUUAGGCCUAGUGCUACUUUUUAAUCAUGCGAAGCCAGUCGACCACUGCCCUUGCUUUGAAGAUAGCGUAGCGUUUGUGGGGGUGAUAUCGGGACUUGAAAGUAGCGACUGGCUGCUGUGGCAUGUCGGGAGGUCAGCAGACUUGCACAUCCCUUACAGCUGGUCCGAGUUUGGCGUCUUGCUCACUCUGCGCAGAAUCGCUGUAGGCGUGCUCAUGGUUCUCAUAUGGAAAAGCGUAGUGGGGAAGACACUCAUAUACAAACUGCUAAACCUGGUCUGGGAGGAUGACAGGGGCCGUUACAAGCUCGAGCACAUUGACAAUCCUUCUGAGGAAGUGCCACUUUUCACAGGCAGGUCUCGCACGGAGCUAUUGGGAAGAUUCCUCAUCUACGCAGGCGUUGCAGGAACCGUGGCACUUGCCAGUCCACCACUGUUCCGCUUGCUAGGCGUGUAA